AUGUACAACGAGAGUUAUGUUUUCUUUUCUUACAAAAAUAUAAUAUCAACAUCAAAUCAAAGUGUGUUUAUUACGUUCUUUUAACAAAUUAUAAAAGUUAUUAUAAUCAAAUUCCAUAGAACUCCCAAACGAUUAACGAAAUAACUUUGAAGAUAUAUUUGACAAAAGUUAUAUUAUUCAUAUUAUUUAAUAUACAAAUAAUACCCAUACACUAGAACUAAUGAUCAUCAAAAAAAAUCUAAUAUCUUACAAAAAUGGUAAGCACUAUCUGUACACUGAUGUUUCGCAAGUCGAAGUUGACUCGUGCCGGAUUACGUAAACAUUUGUACGGUAAUGCUCUGAGAGGCUGCACGUUGUUCCCAUGCCGUCGUGACAGAACAUUUUACUUUUUCGUGACAUAAAACAUCUUUAAAAAUGGAAGAUUGGAUAAAAGUAACUCUAAUACUAUGUUUAUUUGGAACACUACGAGAGAUUCGACCGUCGGAACCAUUUGUUACUGAAUUUCUUUCCGGAAAAUGGCGCAAUAUUACUGAGGAGCAACUGAACCAAGAUGUAUAUCCUGUGGGAACAUACUCAUACUUGGGACUGCUGGUUCUGGUUUUUCUGAUCACAGAUUUUCUUCGAUUCAAACCUGUUAUUAUACUGUCAGGUCUGAGCGGAAUAUCAGUUUAUGCUGUGCUGCUCUGGACUGCAAGUAUAGAAUGGGUGCAGGUGUCGCAGUUUCUCUAUGGCCUGUAUAUGGCCACUGAAGUCGCAUACUUAACAUACAUAUACGCAAAGGUAGAUCCGGACAAGUAUCCGCGAGUGUCCUCCUACACCCGGAUAGCGGCGUUGACCGGACGGUUUCUGUCCGGCGUCAGUUCGCAGUUACUCACACAUUUCCAUGUGAUGAACUAUCAGGAUCUCAAUUAUAUUACUUUAGCUGCUCAAGUGUUGGCAACCUUCUGGGCGUUUUGGCUGCCUCCAGUUCCAUACGGGAUAUACUUCCAUCGGCGCACGCGAUCCUCCUUGCAGCUCGACAUCGCGCACACGGACAAACAGACGCCUCCAUCUACUCCUAGCCAUAAGCGCAGUAUACGUAAGGGCGUAACAGACGCGGCGUUUUUAAUAACGCGCCACGCGCGGUCGGCGUACACUCGGCCCAAGGUGCUGGCGUGGUCAGCGCUGUACGCCGUCGUGUUGGCGCUGUUCGUGCUCGCGCAGACCAACAUGCAGAUACUGUGGAAGCAGGUGCAGGAAGAGAGUGACGCGGCGGUAGCGUACAACGGAGCGGUGGAAGCCAUACUAACGCUUCUGGGCGCGUUCGGUGCCUUCUUAGCGUCCUACUGGAGCAGGGCGGCGCUGCCCGCGCCCACGGCGGCCGUGCAGGGCGUGGCCAUGUUCGUGGGCACCUACAUCACUAACAUAUUCGCCUCUUACUUCGGAUACAUUGUCAUGGGCAUGCUGUUCCACUACAUUAUCACUUUAGCCAGUGCGAAAAUAGCCAGUCAACUGUCAGAUGAGAGCUGCUUCGGGCUCAUAUUCGGCAUCAACACACUGAUGGGCACGGCACUGCAGUCAGUCCUCACACUCGUACUGAUCCAGUCGCUGAAGCUGCCCAUCACAUCCCAGUACUUCAUCAUCAGCGGCCUGUUCCUCUUGCUGGCUUCGGCGUGGAUGCUGGGCUGGAUGCUGCACUCGUACAGGAAGAAUAAGAGUAUUAAUAUUACCAACCAGUAUGGAUAACUUUUUUAUUUUUAAUAUAAAAUAGGCUCACACUUGACCACUAUCUCACCUGGUGGUAGUGCCUCUGAGGAAUCGUUGAGGUUAUUAUUUGUUGGAAAAAAAAUUU